GGGAAGAGGAGGAGGUGGAGAUCCUCAACUUGGACUCCAGAGUCGGUGCGGUACAGCCUCAGCGCCUCACCGGACCGGUAUGCACUAUCCGCGGCGGGGAAAGUGAGCCGAGUGACCGUCAAAGAUGCAGGCAGAGGACAUGGAGGUACCUAUCAUUAAUAACAUUAACGGUAACGGCGACAGACAGAGACCGAAAGGGAAAGAUGUGUUCAAGGAUCAGCAGAAGGAGUCGGAGAGCUCCAUGGAGUCCCCCAACCUGGAGUUUGAAUACGGGGACACGGACAGCCUGACCGCAGAGCUCUCAGAGCUGUACAGUUACACAGAGGAACCAGAGUUUGCCCUGAACAGAGACUACUUUGAGGAAGACUUCAAGAGCCAUGUGCGAGGCCGCCGCUGGAUCGAGCUGACGCCGGAGGAGCAGAGGGCCUACGUGAUGAGGCUGCUGGACGCGCUGGAGGUGACAGACAGGGACAAGAGGCUGAAGGUGGCCAGGGCCAUCCUCUACCUGGCACAGGGAGUGUUUGAUGAGUGCGACACAGACGUGGACGUGCUCCACUGGUCCAGACACAACGUCUUCCUGCUCUACGACAUGGGCAUCUUCACGGCCCUGCUGGAGCUGCUCAGCAUGGAGAUCGAUAACAGCCAGGCGUGCAGCAGUGCAGUGAGGAAGCCUGCCAUCUCCCUUGCAGACAGCACGGAGCUCAGGGUGCUGCUGAGCAUCAUGUACCUGAUGGUGGAGACCAUUCGUGUUCAAACAGAGGACGACAGACCCGAGUGGAGAACAGCCAGGGAGGCCUUCAAGAAUGAGCUCGGUUCUCCUCUGUACAACGGAGAGCCCUUCGCCUUGCUGCUCUUCACCAUGGUGACCAAGUUCUGCAGCAUGAACGCCCCGCACUUCCCCAUGAAGAAAGUACUACUGCUUCUGUGGAAGACCAUACUGUUCACCCUGGGGGGGUUUGAGGAGCUGCAGGAGCUGAAGGUGCGAGGCCGGGAGCGUCUGAACCUGCCGCCCCUGCCGGAGGACAGCAUCAAGGUGGUCCGGGCCAUGAGAGCGGCCUCGCCCCCGGCCUCCGCCAUGGAGCUCAUCGAACAGCAGCAGCAGCAGAAGAGAGGCCGCCGCAGCCGCAGGAGUGCCUUUGUUGAUAGCUUGGAAGGAGACAGUCCCUUUCCCAAGAAGCAGCCCCUGGUCAAGCAGGACAGCCUGGACACGUACAACGAGCGGGACCCCUUCAAGAACGACGACGCCCGCGACGAGGAGGAGGAUCCCGAGGACGCCGACAGCGGCAUCGAGGGCGAAGUGGACCCCCUGGACCGUGACGUCAUCAUCCAGCCCCCGCCGCCUCCACCCCCUCUCAGACCUCCCACAGAGAGGAUCAACUUCCCCAAGGGCCUCCCCUGGGCCCCUAAAGUCAGGGAGAAAGACAUCGAGCACUUCCUGGAGACAAGUAGAAACAAAUUCAUCGGCUUUACUCUGGGAAAUGACACGGAGACGCUGGUGGGCUUGCCCAGACCCAUCCAUGAGAGUGUGAAGACUCUUAAGCAGCACAAGUAUGUGUCCAUUGCUGAGGUGCAGAUCAAGAGGGAGGAAGAACUACAGCAGUGUCCGAUGACAUUGGGGGAGGAGGAGGUGGAGGAGACGCCGGCAGAGAUGCUGUACCUGGGCAUGCUCCCUAACCUCUCUCAGUAUGUGAUUGCCCUUCUGAAGCUGCUCCUGGCCGCGGCCCCAACCUCCAAAGCCAAAACGGACUCCAUUAACAUCCUGGCUGAUGUACUGCCCGAGGAGAUGCCCAUCACCGUCCUGCAGAGCAUGAAGCUGGGCAUCGAUGUGAACCGCCACAAGGAGAUCAUCGUCAAGGCGAUCUCUGCUCUGCUGCUGCUCCUCCUGAAACACUUCAAACUCAACCACAUUUAUCAGUUUGAGAUUGUCUCCCAGCACUUAGUGUUUGCCAACUGCAUCCCACUCAUCCUCAAGUUCUUCAACCAGAACAUCAUGUCCUACAUCAGUGCCAAAAACAGUAUCUGUGUGCUGGACUUCCCCCACUGUGUGGUCCAUGAGAUGCCUGAGCUCACAGCCGAGAGCCUGGAAGCGGGAGACAGCAACCAGUUCUGCUGGAGGAACUUGUUUUCAUGUAUCAACCUGCUGAGGAUCCUGAACAAACUGACCAAGUGGAAACACUCCAGGACCAUGAUGCUGGUGGUGUUCAAGUCUGCCCCGAUCCUGAAGAGAGCUCUGAAGGUGAAGCAGGCCAUGAUGCAGCUCUAUGUCCUCAAGCUGCUCAAGAUCCAGACCAAGUACCUGGGCCGCCAGUGGAGGAAGAGCAACAUGAAGACCAUGUCAGCCAUCUACCAGAAGGUCCGCCACAGGCUCAAUGACGACUGGGCUUACGGCAAUGAUAUCGACGCGCGGCCGUGGGACUUCCAGGCGGAGGAGUGCGCCCUGCGGGAGAGCAUCGAGAAGUUCAACAGCCGCCGCUACGACAAGAACCAGAACGGCGAGUUCACCCCUGUGGACAACUGCCUGCAGAGCGUGCUGGGACAGCGCGUCGAGCUGCCGGAGGACUUCCACUACAGCUACGAGAUGUGGCUAGAGAGAGAGGUCUUCUCCCAGCCAAUCCAGUGGGAGGGACUGCUGCAGAAGCCGUGAUGCGGAGCGGGAGAGAGGGAGGGAGGUAGGGAGGGAAAAGAGGGAGAGAUGAAGGAUGGGAGGGAAAGGAGCUGAAGGGUUUGUCAGUUGAGAGGUCAUCUACCAGUCUGCUGUAGUGAUGAGGGUGUUUCUGCUGCAGUAACAGCGACAGAGAGGGAGGGAUGGAGGAACAGAGGGGGAAGAGGACAGGACCAGCAGGGGUUAUGCUGCAGAUCAGAGAUGGAAAUACAAGAGAGGAGGGUGGGGAAAGAAAAUAAUUGCUGGAAAUUACAAUGGAGAGGAAAUGAAAGAUAAGGGGCAUCCUACUGUGAGCCCAGCUUUUGCUCGCAAAUGCAGGCGCGCCAACAUAGUUGCCACAGACACACAAACACACGAGCACAACGCUAACAUGUGCCUAUGACAGCUGUGAACACACGUGGACAUGACAGGCAUGGACACAGGUAGCAGCAGAUACAACAGAUCUGGCAACACUGUAGCAGGAGACUCCUCUGGCCAGCUCUGGUUAAUACUGCCCCCUUGUCACGCAACACCAUUUUGUCCAUUCAUAAUAUAAGUCCCUCUUUUCAAAAAGGGGGGCUGGUUUGACUCCUCAGUGAUGUUCACACACUCAAUAUGUGUAAAAGCGUCCUUGUUUCCCUUGAAUGGCGUUAUAUAAAUUGAAGUUAUAACAAUAACUAAUAAUAAUGAUAAUGGUAUUAUUAUUCUUAUAGUUAUUACUAUACCUCCUCUGGAUGAGUAAUUUAUUUAUUUGUACAAAUGUAUGUGGUUAAAUGUUUUAUUCUAAAUGAUUUCUGAGGCUGUAAUUUCUUUUUUUUUUUAAUCAGUUUAUCUUUGAACAGGUUACGGGUCUUUUUUAUUUUUAUUCACGUCUGCUAGGUUUUAUUUUUGCCGGUGAUGGAUUUUGGAUUUUUUUCUUAACAUGUUUUCUAGGAAAAGAUGGCCUUUUGAAGACAAACCAAUUGGUAUUAUCAGGGUAGUUUUGAUAACCACAUGUGGAAGUGGGAGCUCUCUCCUCAGUCUUAUUUAUGUCACCAAAAAAGAAGAUAUAUUCCAAAUUUAGGUUUGUUCAUAACUGUAAAGUAUGAAAGAAAAAAAUGGUGAUUUGAAACUGGCCAGACUUGUAGAAGCUGGUUUUAGGAAACAGAAGGAAUACUACUGGGAGAAAAGGUAUUCCAGAGAAUUUUGCAAUUACAGUUGAAAAAUGAAAACAAAGCAAAUGAAAUGACAAGAAACAAGACUUUAACAAGGUAAAAAGAAAGAAAGAAAGAAAGAGUAAGGCAAUAUCACACAGGAUCCACUGGAGAUAUUCCUGUGGACUUAAAUUUCAUCCAUAUUCCAUAUUUUCAGUCAGUAAAGACUUAAAUUGACCCUCAGCAAUUUUGAUUAUUGCAGCUUUAAAAAUAUAAAAGCCAGAAUCGACAACAAAAACUAAGCACUGAUGCCAUGGAUACUCUCAUGGGAGCCAUUGUUCAUAUACACAAAUUCACCUUCGUGAAAAUAACCUAAUUCUGUCUGAAGGUGAAUUUUCACUCAAAGGUUGCUCCUUCCCUUGGCCCACAUACACGGCUUCCCUCUCCGUCGGCCCAAACAACAGCACAAUAAACCACUGAGCUCCAAGUGGCCUUGGUGAGCACUUUGCCACCCUUGCGAGGAAGAACACAGUUGUCACAAAAAUGGUGCUGUUUUUCUAGGAUGUCUCCACUGUACCUUAUUUCACCCUCAACUACCUAAGUGGGCUCCAGAGUUUGUUCUUGGGGACUUUCUGGAAACAUCUCUACUGAAGCACACAGAAAAGCUCUGAAGACGAGCAGCAAGGUCUCUUAUUUCGUAUUACCGCAUAGUUUGAAAUUGCUUCUCCGACAUGACUUAAAGGGGUCAAGAGUCGCCAUGUAUUAUCUUUGUAUAUAACGAAGAUUUUGUCUUUCAAUCUCAAACUGUGGUUCUCUGUGGAAACGUGCAUGGCUGCAGUCUGUUCUGUUUUGGAAAAACUAUGUUCACACUUUUAUAUUUGGACCUUUUUUUUCGUCUAAUGAUGUUCCCAGCACAAUUAGAAAUGUAAGUCUUUUGUUGGCAUUGUCAUCAUGUUGCUCAUUGCAAGGGAUUUCGCUGGUAGCUCUGUUUUUCAUGGAAGGCAAAAUCUUUGAAAAUGAUAUUGUAUACUUUCUAGAAUCUCAGGUUUAUAGAGAUAUUAUAUUGUGAUUUUUUUUUUUAAAAGUAUCCCUGCCAUCCUCUAGCUGACUACCUGUGGUGAUGAAUGCACAUAGCCUGUUGUUGUCACACUCAUGUACUGAGGUUACACCUGAAGCACUGAACAUUUACUGUGUGGGCUGUUGUUGGAUUAUUGGCACACAUUCACACUGUCACCGAACACAAGAACUCAUUGUGAGUUUUAAAUCACAUUUCAAGUUUCAAAUGUAUUUUUUUGUAUCGCGUGCCAAAGUCAAGUGCCAUUUUUUAACAUUUUAUUUCUUUGUUGUUGCCUCCAUUGGGUCAUUGUUAUUGUCAUAUGCCUUAUCCGAGGCUUCUCAUUGAAUCCACCAUUGAGGUUUUGCAAUACAGAUUAUUAUUUUCUACUUGAAACUUGUACAAUCAUUGGAUAUACUGUGUGUUGUAUUCUGGUACAGUAUUUAACCAGAGGUGUUGUUAGCAUUGAAUGGAUGUUACUAUACCUGUGUUUUUUGUUAUACAAGUUUCCACAUCUGUAUAAACUAGAUAAAUAUUCAUUAAAUUUGUUCAGGGGUAUGUGCAAUUACUGAUCUAUAGAGGCAUUAUUCAACAGAAUGACAAAUUACGGUAUCAGAGUUGCUUAUUAAACAGUGUUGGAACAUUU